AUGGCGCCGCCCCACCGCUUGCCCGACUACAACAAGCGCUCCUGUCAGCAACUGCGCAACUUGAUCCGACGACGCACAGGAGAAACAGUCCAGGUCACCGAAACAAAAGCCUCCUACAUCCACAAACUCACGCUGCUCGACUGCACCACCCCCUUCCGAUUCCUCGACCUCGCCCCGGAGCUCCGCAAUUCCAUCUACGAGUUCCUCCUCGUCCGCGACCCCGACGAUGAAGACGAAGACGCAACCGCCCACCCCGCCCUCCUCCGCACCUGCAAACAAAUCUACGCGGAAGGGAAGGGCAUUCUCUACGCCGAAAGCGUUCUUCAAAUCGAAUCCACCUUCUUUAACUCCUACGAUAUCCUCCGUUGCCUCCGCCGCCGCCGCGGCUUCCUCCCUCCUGGUCGGGAACCCCGCGCCGAGGAGAUCUUCACGUACGGAUACUUCACUUGGCGCAACGUCGACAACCACGAAUCCCGCCUUCCGCACGAGGAAAUCGAAGACGUCCGCUCUUCUCUGCAGCCCGUGCGCGCGAUCCGGAAGAUCUCCCUCGCCAUUCGCCUUCUGGACUCCCCCACCACCUUCCCUCGUCCGACGUGCGCGUGGCGGAGCCUGUACCAUUUCCUGGACGGGCUGACGGAUGUUCUGAGAAAUCUGCGGCUGUUGAGGAUCCAUUUCAGCGAUCAGACGACCCGUGCCUGGAAAGGGGGUGUGAACGUUGGUCUGAUCAAGUCGCUCGCGCCGCUCGCUGGGUUGCCGAAGAGGAAUUGUGCGGUGCAGUUGUAUGGCGUGAGUGAGGGGACUGUUCGGGCGUUUUGGCAGAUGGCGGCGGCGGCGGCGGCGGAGGAGGAUGACAGCGUUGGGGGAAAGUCUGCAAAGGCUGCGAUCGAGGGCAUCGAUGCGUUUGGAAUCGUCUAG